AAAAAAAAAAAAACAAUAACAAAACCUUUUUCUAUAAGAGAGGCACCAACAACCAUCUUACUCUUCAUCUCCAUCUCUCCCACUCUAAUACUCAUGAAAUUAAACAGCCCAAAACAACAAAACCCGUAUCUUCGUUUUUGAAAAAACACAACCAUGAUUACUGGCAAGGACAUAUACGAUGUUCUAGCAGCCAUAGUCCCCUUAUACGUGGCUAUGAUCUUAGCCUACGGUUCCGUCCGGUGGUGGAAAAUCUUCACGCCCGACCAAUGCUCCGGCAUAAACCGCUUCGUCGCAGUUUUUGCGGUCCCAUUGCUCUCCUUCCACUUCAUAUCCUCCAACAACCCUUACGCCAUGGACUACCAAUUCAUCCUCGCCGACUCCCUCCAAAAAGUCGUCAUCCUUGUCGCCCUCUUCCUCUGGCAAGCCUUUUCCAAGCGCGGCAACCUAGAGUGGAUGAUCACGCUCUUCUCCCUCUCCACCCUCCCCAACACCCUCGUCAUGGGCAUCCCGCUCUUACGCGCCAUGUACGGCGACUUCUCCGGGACUCUGAUGGUUCAGAUUGUCGUUUUGCAGAGCGUUGUCUGGUACACUCUCAUGCUCUUCAUGUUCGAGUACCGCGGCGCCAAACUGCUCAUCUCCGAGCAGUUCCCGGAGACUGCAGCUUCGAUCACGUCGUUCAGAGUUGACUCUGACGUCGUUUCCCUCAACGGUCGAGAACCACUCCAAACCGACGCGGAAAUCGGGGAUGACGGGAAACUUCACGUGGUGGUGAAAAGAUCGAAUGCGUCAUCGAUGGUUUCAUCCUUUAAGUCACAUGGCUUGAACUCGUUGACUUCAAUGACCCCGCGAGCUUCGAAUCUCACAGGAGUGGAGAUUUACUCUGUCCAGUCCUCCCGAGAGCCGACCCCGCGGGCAUCCAGCUUCAACCAGACAGAUUUUUACGCCAUGUUUAACGCCAGCAAGGCCCCGAGCCCCAAACAUGGAUACGCAAACAGUUUUCAAGGUGGAUUUGGGGACGUUUAUUCGGUGCAAUCGUCAAAAGGGGUGACGCCGAGGACUUCGAAUUUCGACGAAGAGGCAAUGAAGAUGAGUAAUAUGGGUAAUAAGAAAAGGGGGGCGAGGAGCAUGAGUGGUGAGAUCUUCAAUGGUGGUGCUGUCUCUUCCUACCCGCCUCCGAACCCCAUGUUUUCAGGGUCUACGAGUGGUGGGCCGAAGAAGAAAGAUAGUGGUAGCGGCGGCGGCGGCGGCGGCGGCGGUAGUGGUGGGGCAGCGCCUAAUAAGGAGCUUCAUAUGUUUGUCUGGAGUUCAAGUGCAUCGCCAGUUUCCGAAGGGAAUCUUAGACAUGCGGUUAAUCGAGCUGCUUCCACUGACUUUGGGGCGACCGAUCCUUCCAAGGCUGCAGGUCUUCAUCAACAUGAAGGUGCUGCUGCAUCGAAAGGUAUACACGAAUUAAUUGAGAAUAUGAGUCCUGGGAGGAAAAUGAGUGGAGAUAGGGAGCUUGAGAUAGAAGAAGGAUCGAAUAAGUUUCCACCGAGUGUGUCACCGUACAGUAGUACUAGUUGCCAGAAGAAAGUGGAUAUUGAAGGUGGUGUAGCAAAGAAGCACCAAAUGCCUCCUGCAAGUGUCAUGACUAGGCUUAUUCUCAUCAUGGUCUGGAGGAAGCUCAUUAGAAACCCCAACACUUACUCCAGCCUUCUUGGCGUGGCAUGGUCUCUCAUAUCAUACAAGUGGAACAUCAAAAUGCCAACAAUUGUUAGUGGAUCCAUAUCAAUAUUAUCUGAUGCUGGAUUGGGAAUGGCUAUGUUCAGUCUCGGAUUAUUCAUGGCUUUGCAACCGAAGAUCAUAGCUUGUGGAAAAUCUGUUGCAACAUUUUCAAUGGCUGUUAGGUUCCUAACCGGCCCAGCAGUGAUUGCUGCAACUUCUAUUGCUGUCGGUCUUCGUGGAGUUCUGUUGCAUGUUGCAAUAGUUCAGGCUGCUCUUCCUCAAGGCAUAGUUCCUUUUGUAUUUGCCAAGGAAUAUAAUGUCCAUGCAGACAUCCUUAGUACCGCGGUUAUUUUUGGAAUGCUCAUUGCCCUGCCCAUAACAAUACUCUACUAUAUCCUUCUCGGGCUCUAGUUUCUGAGAUAAUCAGGACAGAGGAAAAACACAUACAACUGCACAUCCAACUCAGGCUUAGGUGGAUGGAGAGGAUCAAAAUGUCUUUAACAAAGAAAAUCAUAUGCAUGCCAUUGGAUUCAGUGUUCAACAAAAUACACACCAUCCUCGGCAUGUGACAACUGAGUAGCUUGAUAUGCCGUUUACUUCAAUAAUUAGUUUUUCUCCCUCAUGGUAGUAUUAUAUUAUUUUGGUUAGAUAGAAAUUAAGUAAUAGAAUAGAGCUUAGAAUUAGCCAGAGAAAGGUUAAUUAAUUGUUACUUCUUUCUUUUUAUUCUUGGGGUGCAAAUUUUUGUGUUUAUCAUAUUUGUUACCCCAAUAUCAAUGUAGCUCUUUGCUUAACUUGGACACAAAAAUCAUCCAAUAUAUAACUACGUUCUCUUAUUUUU